GCUAGAAUCAAGAAGAUUAUGCGCUCAGAUGAUGAUGUCGGCAAGGUUGCACAAGUCACUCCUUUAUUAAUAUCUAAAGCGCUGGAAUGCUUUCUUUCCAGCAUGGUCGAGGCCACACUUGUAGAAACCAAGGCUAGAAAUGCAAAAAAGAUGACAUCAGCACAUGUCAAGAGAACCAUUGUGAGUCAAGAAAAGUUCGAUUUCCUCAAGGAUCUUGUAGAAAAUAUUGCAGAUCCAAUUGAUGAACCCACAGAUACAGGAGCAGAGCCUGUUCGUGGAAAAGGUCGU